CGAGUGCAGCAGCAGAAACGCAGCUCGUACUUUGUUUACGUGCCGUCGGUGAGCUGACAGCUGCUGCGGGGUCUUUCCUGGAUGCUCCAGGCGCCUGCUCAGAGCCCUGUGGACUUUAAACUAGGUUAGCCUGGAUGCCGAGGACGGGGUGUUUCGUUGAAUGAGGGGGAGCCGCUACAUGCCGACAGGAGGAUGAACUCCAUCACCGGUCGGGUUGCCUCCAUCCCCGCCGCUUCUGUCACCAACUCUGGAGCUUCAUCCUCUCGAGCCUUCCAUGUCGAGCUCACGUCUCAGCAGAGGCGAUUACGUCAUCUCCGGAGCAUUGCAGCCAGAAACGUUGUCAACAAGAAUGGUUCACCACUUCUGGACACGUAUUUCACCCUCCACCUCUGCAUAGGAGAUCGCAUAUCUAGAGAUUUUUACAAGAGUGAAGUCAUACGAGACUCACUGAACCCAACUUGGCGGAGCCUGGACUUUGGUAUGCUGCCGGACCUUCUGGACACCUCGGUGUCCUGUUUUGUAGUGAGGAUCUGGGGAGGACAGAAGGAACAGUAUCAGCUCCUCAUCGAGUGGAAGGUUAAUUUGGAUGGCCUCAAAUACACUGGACAGCAGAUUCGCUCCAGGAAUCCAAAUGAGAUCAUAUUUGGAUUGAAUGAUGGCUACUAUGCAGCUGAGUUUGAUCAUAAGGACCAGCCAGAUGGGAAGAAGAGCAGUUUGCUUCAUGUUGACCAGAGUUCAGUCAGGAACUCCUACAGUGUUUUCUCAUUGCUCAGGCUUCACACAGCCCAGAGAGCCAUCAAGCAGACCCAAGUGACAGUGCAAAAGAUCGGGAAAGAGAUUGAAGAAAAGCUAAGGACAACGGCCACUUGCACAGAAAGGAAAAAAGAGCGAGAGUGCAUGCAGCUGCGCAUCGCUGUGCUGCGCAGUGAACUACAGAGGCAAAGGAAGGCUCUUGGCAGGGAGGUUGACCUGCGGCAGAAGGAGAUGAUGCAGGUUCAGAAGAAAGAAGAAGCAUUCUCCGAGCAGUAUGAGCGACUGAAAGAGGAGAAAGAUUCUCUCACCAAACUGCAGAAGGAAUGCACUGCUACGAGAGAGCAGUUUCUCAAGACCAAUGCCCAGCUGACCUUCCGCUGUCGUCAGCUCCUCUCUGAGCUUUCCUACAUCUACCCCGUUGAUGUGGUGAAUCAAUCGGAUUAUGUCAUCUGUGGAGUGAAGCUGCCAAACUCUGAUGACUUUCAAGCAAAGGAUGAUGGGAGUGUGGCAGUCGCCUUGGGCUACACGGCACACCUGAUCCUGAUGAUCUCGUUUUUCCUGCAUGUGCCUCUUCGGUAUCCAGUCAUCCACAAGGGUUCACGCUCGUCCAUCAAGGACACCAUCACAGACAGACUUGCUGAGAAGGAGCGAGAAUUCCCUUUGUAUUCCAGAGGAGAACGCUUUCAUUUUGAAUAUGGAGUCUACUUGCUCAACAAAAACAUUGCUCAGCUGAGAUAUCAACAUGGCUUGACCACCCCAGACCUGCAGCAAACACUUCCCAACCUUAAGACUUUGCUGGAACAUGGCCUGCUGGUCCGAUGCGAUCGACACCAUGUUUCCAGUUCAAUCCCAGUGCCGACCAAGUCCCAGCUUGGUGUAUCUGCCACUUCUGAGAUGACCUGCCCUUUCCACGCUGGAUCUCCAGACCGAGGUGUGAGGAAAAGGGCGAGUUCAGAGGCAGACAAACUCAAGUAUAAAACAACUUCUCCACCCAACUACAGCAUAGCCCUCGGUGAGGAGCAGCCCCCUGCAUUUCUGGCACCACCCUUACCUUCAUCCAAAGUCCUGUCAUCCUCCCUCGAUCCUACCAUGGCUUUGUGUAACCUGGACAACUCUAUGGAAUCGAAAGAUGAUGGAGAGCAGAAGGAAACUGAAGAGGCCAUGGAGUCCACAGUGAACAGAUAUAAAUGUUCUGAGAACGAGCUUCAGGUAGAUAAAAAAGAGACUGAAGAGCAAACGCACAGCAGUGCAGCUACUCCGCGGCCUUCUACAAUGCUGGACACUGGCGAGGAAAUGGUGCAAAGUUGUCAGCUCACGAACACCAUGAAUGGCUCCUUGGUAGCCAGACAGGCGCCUGUUAGUUUGAUGCCGGAGCUGCACUGCUCAGUGGAGCAAGCAGAGGAAAUUAUGGGAACUGAGGCCACUUUAGAACUGCCUGUAGAUGAGGCUCAACUAGAAAACUACCAGUCCAUCCCUGUAGACCACGCAGUUGCUGUUGAGUGUGACGAACAGGUGCUGAGUGAAUUAGGGGAGUACAACAAGCGCAUCUAUGCACUAAGCGAGAACACGUCGACCUUCCGCCGACCACGUAAGAACUCAUACAAGUGAGUCAAAGGACCUCAGAGCGGAGGCAUCUAAGACUUCAUGGGUUAGGAUGAAAGAUGGGGGGGUUCUGGUGUGUGACCCCCCUCAGUGCAGCAUCAGAAAAAUGUAGGCGCUAUUCUGGAAUAAAGACCAAUUUGCACUUACUGUUAGUAUUUCCACAGCUGUAUUUUUAAAAGAAAUACGGUUACAAAGCAAGUAUUGGGACAGGAAGCUUAAUCACGUUUUAUUAUUUGAUGCCCACAUUAAUAUAUUUCUUUCCUCAGCAUAAGUUAUUGUCACAUAAUGCUCAUACACAAUUGUUGAUUUAUGGCAAUAACUAUUUCUAUUUCAUUCUGCUUGACCACGGCACCAUCUCUGAAGGUUAACCAGAGUUCAUAGAACCUUAGUUACAUUCAGAAAUCUCAUUUUCUCUGGUGUUAUUAUUUAAAACUGUAUCAUGUUCAUGUCCAGAGUUGUAUCAUGGCAUAAAAAAACAACCUAGAGUAGCUAAAAAUUCAUUUAAAGACUCUUCCAUUUCAUUUUUCACUCAAGUUGGUAACUUGAGUCAUUAAGUUAAAGAAUAGGGCUACAUCUGAAUACUCAUUAAGUUACUGUAUAGUAGGCGAAAGCAGUACGACACCAUCUCUCAGCUAUUCGAAUACUCAGUAAGCAUUUAGUAGUAGUUGAAGUAUUUGCACCUCCAUAGGGUGCAAAUGGACUACAUUACACUAUCCCAAUAGCCAGCUGGCGCUAAGAACCUCUCGAGAAAAUUCAAAGAAGAUUACAGCGUCCAAUGGCACAUGUGCAAAUAUACAAGGGUGCUUCAAACUGUUCUUGGCCUCACCCAGAAAUUGUCACAGGAGAAAGAUUUUUCUGGCAUUGUUUUUCAACAUUGGCUCCCUUAACAUCAGUGCACUUGGUCCAUUGAUGUUCAAGCUUUGCGCAUCUUGAGCCUUCAGAUACUUUUCUUUCUGCUGGAGGCCCCAAACAUUAUGAAGUACCCUUGUACGCUAUUUAAAAAGCUUGCUUUUGCAAAAUAGAAAUUUUCCCAGCAUACCUGGAUAUGUGCAUGUCAUCUAUGAACAUCCAGGUCAAAGGAGCGGUAAGAUGCAGCAGCAUAGUAUGUCCAAAUUGUGUCCCUAUGAAAACCCCAAAUCAGAAAAUGUAACAAAAAUACAAAUUAAAAACUAAUGCAGUGAUACUACAUUUACUUUGAGUUCUAUUUCAUUACACAGUAUGAACCCAAGAUAGUUCAUGUUUUUGUGCGGUCAGUGUCAUUUAAUAUACACCCAUUACUACAUUUAAGGCCUGCAACACAUUCCAAAAAAAAAGUUGGGAUUUCAUUCAUCAAAAUCUAUCAAGUAGGUAGUUCUCAAAAAAUUGAGUGACUGUGCUGGAAGGAGACUAGUGAGGAAAGCCACCAAGACACCCAUUGUGAGAGAAUUAUAGACUUCUGUGGAUGUGUUGAGAAACUGGGAAUGGUGCAACAUUUUCCUGUCGCAUCCCCUUUCACAGCUUCGUCUGAGGUGGGGUAGGAUUUUAAAAGAGGAACAUGGAUCAAAUCUAGGCUUAUCUUUCCCAUGUGCCUUCUGAAAAACUACAGCUGAAAUUUUGCCUAUGCUGUUUAAUAAAUAUAUCCUUCUUUAUACCACUUCAUCAUGAAGCUGUGUAACUGGUGAUGCAACAAGCAAAAGUUUCACUCUGCCCAGAUUUUCCAACCACAGACACACAAGCAUUUAACUCCUUCAGUGUUGUCUGGGUGUCUUGGUGGCUUCCCCCACUAGUCUCCUUCCAGCAUCCCAAAUCAGUUCCUGAUUAUUUCUGAUUGAUAUAAAUGAAGUCUAAAACUUAUUUGGGGACCCCCUGAGUUGUCUCUAGAAAACUGGUUAUAAAGAUAAAGUCCUUACAUUAUGAAUAAAUUACCUCCAUCCCAACGUAUUUUGGAAUGUGUUUAAAUGCAGGAUUGGAUGUAUAUUAGCAAAUGAAAUGUUGACCAAACAAAAUAUGAAAUAUGUUGGGUUCAUACUGUCUGAUACGAAAUAAAAGUCAAAUGUAAAAAUCACUCCUUGCAUUUUCUGUAUUGCCCCAAAUUUCCCUGAUUUGGGGGUUGUACUCACGUGUUUACUUCCACUAAUGGUGGAGUAGUAUGUGCUAACCAACACUGGUAUUUUUUACAAUGUAUUCAGAUGCAGCGUUACUGUUUCUAGGUCGUUUUUUGUUUUUUUUUGUCAGCUCUUGGACCUUUCCUAGUGACAGCAUUUGACUUUGCUCAGAAUUACUACAACUGGAAGCUUUAUUGCAGUACAUUUUCAUGUGUAUUUUUUGGUGUGAAUUGGAGCCCUGCUGUCCCAGUACUUGACGUCGAUGCUUGAGAUGCUGUGGGAAUGUGCAGGUGACAUAAUAACGUGUCUGUGUGCACCCUAAAAACCAACUGAGGAGUUGGAACCUCACGUUGGCAUGCAAUCACUUAGAUUUCAAGUAAUUCCACCGAUGACCUUUGAACUGUCAGACAGCAGGUUAACGCAAAGUGAGGUGGGACCAGUUGACCAAUCAGGUGCUCCCUGAUGACGAUGCUCAGCAGUUCCGCCCUUUGGACGGGUGGAACCGCCUGUCAAGUCGAGUAUCUCUUUGAGGUUCAGGUGAAGACUGCAGCUGACGGCACAUGGCAGGGAAAAGAUGCAACUGUUUCUGUUCCAGCAACAUCAACCCCCCCAACCCGACUUUUAAUUUGUGAUAUUAACAUCAGUGUUAAUAUUUUGUCCACUGACGUCUCACCUUCAGUAGACCAAAAAUUAAUUUCUCUGUAUUCUAUUAAAAUGUCUCUCAGGCUCUACUGUACAUGUUGAAUAGCGAUGGUGUCAAUCCCGUGGUGAUUUAUUCCCGUCUCUCCCUGUUCGGAGUGCUUUCUUGCUCUGGUAUUUAUGUCGCUCCAUAAAUCGUGCGCUUUGUUUCAGUGAGAAAAGGUAUGUGCUUUUAUUUUUAACACUCACAUGGAAAGUUGAUCAUUAAUAUCGGCAAAUGUUAGACUGUCACCGGUCUGUGGGUCCUGACACGAACAGCUGCUGUGACAGAGACGGUAUCGCCGUCACUUUGUAUUUUCAGAUCCGGCUCUCUGGUCACUGUCGUUUGGUAUCAGAAACCAUAUUCGAUCAUGUCCAUAAACGGCUCCAGACUUCAGUACGUGACCAUGUACAUAUACUUUUGUAUGGAGGGUU